UGGCACGUCUUCGUCAAUUUGGAAAUGACCAAAAAUAGAAGAAAAUAAACCGCAAAUCAAGAAGCAAUAACAAACAUUACAUUAUGAAAAGUGACUUGAUCAAUUUCUUAAAAGGUUUCUUCUCAUGAGGACUGAGGAGCAUACAUAAGUGGGACUAUUAUCAGGCGAAAAGCAUGGGAAGCAAUUUAAUUCAAAGUUGGCCUAAAUGUAUAUUAUUUUAUUUUUAUUAAAUAUUCACCACUGUAUUUUUUAUAAUUAGACAUGCAGCCAAACUGAUGUGAGCUAUAGCCUAUAACAUCAUCCAAAACAGCUAUUCGCUUAACAUUGACAUAUAGAAUUGGCCUAUUAUAGCCUAUAAUUAUGUUAUAUUUAAUAAGCGUAGCGAGAAGCCAUCACUACAUUUCCCAGAAUGCUUGCAGUGGCGAGGGGAAGUGUCGUCUCAAAGGUACUUAAAUAAAGGAGCUGAAGCUCAAGCCGCUAGAAUAGACCAAUGCGGGAGGGCGAACCUGCUGUGGCCGCGAUGGGACCAGCACACAGAAAUGACAGUCUGUCUUGGAAUUGGGACUAAAUUAUACUCAAAGGACAGGGAUCGAGGAGGGAGCCUGGUUGGGUUAUCGGACAUUCCAUGUUUAAAAAUAGUUUUUUAUUAGUUGAUCUACAAGAAGAUAUGGAUCCAAACGGAGAGGGGAAAGUUAACCUGGUUGCCUUUGAAUAUUUCCGGUGUUCAUUGUAACCCACGAUUAAAUAAAUGUAAGUUGAAAUGAUACCACUACCGGACCUUGAAAUUGAAUGCAACAAUAAAAGAGAAGGGAACCAACUGGGAAGAUAACGGAAUUACCACUCGAACCAUGCGCGCACGCAUCUAGGGCAGUCAUAAAAACUGUCUUGAGGGGACAAUUCACAAAGACGGGCUUGCAUUGGACAAAAGUGUGGUAAACCUCUAUUUCCAAAAAAUAAAAAAAUAGAUUUGGUUUAUGCUACCACAGGCUUUUUGCAACGAGACUGCAUUUAUAUUUACAUUUGAGUUAUUUAGCAGAUGCUCUUAUCCAGAGCGACUUGCAGUUAGUGCAUUCAUCUUAAGAUGGCUAGGUGGGACAACCACAAAUCACAGUCAUAGUAAUUACAUUUCUCUUCAGUAAAGUAGCUAUCAGCAAAAUCAGAGUUAGUAAGGGGGAGGGGAAAGUCCAGUGCGAGUGUUAGUUCAUUCAGCAAAGUAAUAUUUUCAAAUUGUUUAACUGUAGGCUAAACGUCACUUACCAAUUUCCUUUUGCAUACCAUGUCUACAAUUUGCGGCGUUGUAAGGACAGCAAUAUUUAUGAUAGAUUUAUUCUUGUCCCUCAUAUAGUCCCCGUGCAAAGAGUUAUUGUGGGAUUGCACGCGGGCUGUGUAUCUAUUGUAGUGUGAACCUUAAACAACAUAUUCUAGAGGGGUCAUUUUAUAUGUAUAAAGGAAUACUUUUGAUACAUAUGAUUAAAUGAAUGUGCACGUGCUCCUCAUGUAGUCCAUUUUUAUGUGGCAUUGUGGCAAAGGGGGCCUAUUAUAGCCUACUGUGGUAUUAAAUGUCAACAGUUUAUUGUUACAUAAUUAAGACGUUGUUCAACACAAGCCAUUGCUGACCUCCUAUCCACACCAAAACUACUUUUUUUUUUAAUGGAAACCUUUCACCAGUGUAAAAAUGCUUAAUUGAGGCAAAAGUUGAUUUUACGCAUGUUCAGAAUGAAAAUAGACUUGAAUAGGCUAAAAAAUGAGUGGCGCUGAGCUCGGCCAAUAUGACGUCGAAAUGCUAUGUUAGCAGUUUUUGUAAAUUAUGCUUAGGUCACAAUUAUCAAUUAAGUCUGCUUAAUUAGACCACAAGGCACAUGUGAGCAGUGGCUGUUGCACAUAACCAACGGUCGCAAAUUGCCAGUAAUCCCGGUCGAUUUCGCGCUGCUUGUGGAGGUGAGAGAGAGCACACAGCACACAUCUGGAGGCACUUCUAUUGAUGGAGGAAGCUUCAAGACACGGAAAAGAAAGUUGCAUCCGCUCUGUUUUGGUGAUGUGAUCUGAUGGCCAAUGAAAAGCAGAAAGCAUGCUGAUAUGAAUUUAAUCACAACUCUUCCAUUAUUGAGUAAAUUAUUACAUUUUACAUCAUAGUGUUGGAAUACAGAACUGGUUGCAAAGUGCAUGGUUUUUAUGAACAUGUCAGCAAAGAGAUAGCCUAGUCAUUCUCAACGGAGAACACUGGCCAUUUGACAGUGCCACCCUUUUUCGUUUUUUUUUGGUCUUUUUUGACUAUUGAAAAUGUGGAUGCAAUUGUGAAUUUCUUGCUGUUUCCAUGCGUCUUUCUCCUCCAGACCUCGGGACGUUGUUGUGGAUUGUAUUGCUAUUUAAUGCAAUGGGCUGUAUCCAGAGUAUCAGGUGUAAACCCAAGAGUUUCCGUGAAAGUAUCAUCGUUCUCGAGGUGAACUCCUCCAUUGACUCCACGCCAACCAGCAUCGACGAGUCAUCCAGCGUGGUUCUGCGCUAUCGGACACCGCACUUCCGAGCCUCUGCUCGGGUACUAGUGCCGCCCGUGGCCGGAAAAGAGACGUGGACCGUUGGCUGGAUUCAAGCAUGCAACCACAUGGAGUUCUACAACAAAUAUGGAACCAAAGGGAUGUCGAGCUGGGAACUCCCUGACCUACGGGAUGGCAAGAUCCAGGCCAUCAGCGACUCGGACGGCGUCAACUACCCGUGGUAUGGAAACACCACGGAGACGUGCACCAUCGUGGGUCCCACCAAGAAGGCCACCAAGUUCACGGUUAGCAUGAAUGACAACUUCUACCCCAGCGUUACAUGGGGUGUGCCUGUGAGCGAUAGCAACCUGCCGCAGCUCAGCAGCAUCCGCCGCGACCAGAGCUUCACCACCUGGCUGGUGGCCAUCAAUCAGGCCACGGCCGAGACCCUGGUGCUGCAGACCAUCCGCUGGAGGAUGCAGCUCCACAUCGAGGUGGACCCGGACAAGCCUCUGGGCCAGAGGGCCACGCUGCGUGAGCCUGUGGCCCAGGAGCAGCCCCAUGUCCUGGGCAAGAACGAGCCCAUCCCCCCCAAUGCCAUGGUCAAGCCCAACGCCAACGAUGCUCAAGUGCUCAUGUGGCGGCCAAAGACCGGGGACCCCAUCGUGGUCAUCCCGCCCAAAUAUUGAAUGACCUUGGUGGGGUUAAACACUCCUCCUCUUCUCCCACUCCUCUACCUACUCUCACUUUUCAUUUUCUCUCUCUUUACCUACGUUCCUUUUUUCCCCUUUUCUCCUUCCCUCAAGCUCCUUGCCUCUAUUUUCCUCUCUGUUUCUCUCCUCUCCUCUCCUCUUUUUUUUUUGUAAGAACUGAGCAAAAGAGGGAGAGAGGGAGAGAGAGAGAGAGUGAAACAAGGACAAGAGCAGUUUGGAGAAAGAGGACGUCCCCUAUAAGUGGGAGCUGGAGCUGACUUUAAAAACUGGAGUGAACAAACUGCAACCAUUCUACCUUCAAACGGGGUCGGGUUUCACUGUGCUAGAUAAAGUCAUUGCAAAAAAAAUCUAAAAUAAGAAACUUUGCUUUUUGGGAUUGGGGUUUGGGGUGGGAAUGGAUGGGGAGUGUGUGUGGGUUGACAAAAAGAUAGUAUUUAUGUUCAUAUUUAUGUACAUGGUACAUACAUGUAUACAUGCACAAAGUUUGCGUAUACCAGUUGAGUUUUUAUUUAUGGGCUGGGAGAGAGCAUUUUUUGUGAAUAAGCGCUAUUUUGUGCUCCACAUGAGUGAUAUGUGAAUACGAACCGUAUCGGGGUGACAUAUGUAGUUUUAGUACUUUUUUAAACAUGAGAGUCAUUCAAUCCAUGCUGCCUUAAGUUUAAAUCGCUUUCCACUGCAAAUGUUUAGCCUUAAACCAAGUGCAAUGCAGUAUUCCUUCACCUGUCCUCUCUCUUCUUCCAUCCAGACUGUUGGUGCUGGUGUGUGUGGGUUUAGGAACGGAACAGUGGCUUGUGGGCAAUGGGUUAUCAGGAACCAAAUUGGGUCCUAAAACUGCUGGAACCCUUUUUCUACCACAGAACAAAAGAGAAUAGACAUUCAAACAAACCCUUUCAAAUAGUCCGUUAGGUCGUCAUCUCAUCAUGCAUGGCUGUGGAGAAGGUUUUUCUGACAACAUUCAAUUCCAUUGAGACUGAUAUUCAGCUGACUUUUAGACUUGUCAACAAUCUCCCUUUACAGAAAGAAAACAGUAUUUCAUCAUGUUAUCUUUCAUUUGCUUUAUUACCACUCCCUCCAUCUCAGAGCCCUGUCGCUGUACUCCUCUCUCCCUCUGCCUUUCUUCUCUCCUCUCCACAGAUGUCGGAGGGGACAACCCUGCUAGCACCUAAUCAAUACUGUUAUUACAGCAAGCAGCAGCCAGGGGAAAUGACUGUGCAUUUCAUAACAGGGGCAAUAAAAAAUUGGUCCUCCAUGCGAUGCUAUGGGAGAUAAAUAAUCUCGGCUUUAGGGUGCCUGUGUGUGAAUCCACAUGGUGCAGAGGUGGUUGCAGCGCACCGCCCUCCAUCUCUGCUCUCUCUUUCUGCAGUCCCCCCUUGCUCUCCUCGCACUCUCUCUCUCGUCUGAUGUUCAUCCCCAUUCAUACUCUCUCACCCUGUCCCUACUUUCUCCUCUCUGAUCCAUCUUUCUCUCUCUGCUCCCAUUGAUUGGUCUCUAUUUCCUCCAUCCAUCCCUCCACCCUUCGCCCUGUCCUCUGUCCUCUUUGCAGCAGUAGACAUGUGAGGCUCAGCCUGGCAUGUAGAUGACCCACUUCUGGGGUUGCCACUACCAGUUGUAGCCCGCUGCAGAAAUGUGUUGCUUUUUUUCUCCUCUCACAGAGCCCCAGCUAGCUAAAUACCUCCAUAAACGUGAUGAUGCCCAGCCACUCGUUAAUCUAUGGGCAGGGCAGCUUUACCCAGAGCUGAAAUCUCUCAUGGAGGAGGGAGGGAGGGGGUGGGGGUUUAGAGGGAUAGUUGGGGGAUAGAAUUUGGCAUCAGGCUUUUUAUCUCCUUAUAAUAUCAACGACAACAAGAACAACAGCAUCAGCAGUAUGAGCUAAAAUAAAAAGGAACAGAGACUGAUGUUUGAAGUGGUUAAGAAAACUGCAUCUCUGCUUUUGUCACUGAAGGUAUUGUUUUUUCAUUAAGUUUAUGCUAGUUAUGAUGUUGUGAUAUGUUAUUGAUGCAAAGCUUCCUUGGUAGAGGAAUAUCAUUUUCAUCAAAUGCCACCAACAACUGGGCAACAUUGUUUGCUCGUUAUUUCAACCUACCUUAUCAACGUUAUCACACUGCAUCAACCUGGCUACUUGAUUGAGUUUGCCAAAAGUCAUUGACAUUUUGUCUUGAUAUAACCAAAUAGUGUCGACAGGUUUUUGUGGUUUGGUAUAUUUCAAAUUAAACUCAAAUCUAUUGACAUCUCAACCAAAUAUCACCUGUAAUUUGAAGUUUAUCUGACAUCUUUACCUGGUUAGAAAAGACAGAGCAGCAGGUCAGUAGCAGCUGAAUAGAAUUAAGAAAAACCAAGGCUCAGAAACCAGAGAGACUGAUAGCCUGCUCUGGACUCAAUCAUCUGGGCCGGGAAGGAGGAGGGAGGAGGGGUCUGGUGGGGAGAAGUGCUGUCAUUAAUAGAUUGUCUGUGAAAUACUGAGCACCCUUCAGAUGCAUUGUGCUGUGCCAAGGCUGGCUAUAGUAAUAUAUGAUGGCCUCUUGGGGCUAGAGGACAAAGGUCAGUGUUAGAAGGGGUUGGGGGUCGGGAUUGAGGUGGAAGGGGGUAAUGGUGGUAGUCAGGGUGAUAGAGCGACAAGGAGGUGGGGUGGUGUCACAAUCUGCACACUGCUGAGUGGUUUAUUGGAAAGCCUAGCAGGGAUUGCUUGUUACCAUGUAUAAAACACCUUGACACAUCAGUAGCUGGCUAGCUGUCCUUAGUCACUGCAUGACCUAAAUAUUCUCAUUGAUCUGGUGCAGCUGUAGCUGUUGUUGAACUAUGGCUCCGUCUGUUCACUCACACAGGGCACAUCCUUGUCAUAAGACAGCAGGGGCGGUCUCUCCUUGCAUGCUAUCUGAUCAUCACAGCAUCACACUGGGGCCGAGUGUUAACAGCGUUUAUCAGCAGAGCACGUGGCCCCCAGCAACACAAACACACACUAGAGAGAGGGAGGUCACGGGAAGGCGAUUGCCUCGAUUUGUGUCUUCACUCUGACAGUGUUAUGUGCUACUGAUGAGUCUAUCUCAUGUACAACUACUUCCUCAAAACACAUCUCUAACCAAGUUCUGUUUUUAGAAAUGGACAAAUGGACAUUUAUGUAAAUAUUAAUGAGAUUUCGAUUCCAUCAUUGAACAAGUGAAAUUCAUGGACUUCAUGUCUCCUUCUGGGGUUGUGCCACUGAGUAGCCUUCCAUUCCUAAACCCACAGCUCUUAGUUCUGAGGGCGCCCACCUUUUCUAUAGAUCUUUAUGUAAAAGAGUAAUGUAAACUACAGCCCACUACACGUCAUAGACCAGCAGAAAAGGUUUCUCUUUUAGUUACAAAUAACAAGCCCAAGCUCACUCUCAGGAUCACCCAUCGUUGUUUCCUAUCCUUUACUAUUAGUUUACCCCAUAUAAACAAAAGAGUUGUCCGUCUAUCUUGCCAUUCGCUCCCUGCAACUCUGACUAGGUUUUCAGUAGAGUAGCCUUAUGGCUAACUGUAGCAGACUAUACACAACUGGCUACAAUGUAUUUCAAAUGUUGGGUGUUUUUGAUUUGUCUUCUGAAAAAUCAUCUAAUAUAUUUUGCAGCACUGAAACAAAAAUACAGUAUGUUUUUUUUGUAUUUGUCAUUGACACUGAUACUUGAUACUUGAACACAGAACAGUACUGGCAAAUAUUUAAAACUGUGAAAAUGCACAAUGUU